UUCAAAUAGUGAUACCGAUGUCAAGCUGUCAGGUAAUGACGGUGAUAAGCACAAGGCAAAAGCUCGAGAAAGACAAGCUUCCAUAUUGGAAAAAAUGAGAGCCCAGCAGUCCAAAUUUUUGGCGAGCAUUAAUUCCAGUGCAGAUGAUGAGUUGAACAUUUCUAAAUUUGGACAAGAAGUAUGUCCCCCUGAUGUUGGGCACGAUUCGGAGGAGUCUGCAAAAGUCAUUUGUUCUCUUUGCCGUGAUCCGAAUUCAAAAGAUCCUGUAUGUUUUCUGAUUCUUCUCCAGAAAUCCAGGCUUCUGAGUUUUGUUGACAAAGGUCCCCCGUCAUGGGAACAAGUUCGCCAAUCAGGGAAGGAUCCUAUUUUUAUGAGCACAGACACAAUGAAUGUGUCAUUCCAGAGAAGCACUGUCUCAAGAAGUUCGGAAAUGAUAUCAUCUUCUCAGUUAAUGCAUUUGAUUCAGAAUGCUGUAAAUGAAUUUGCUUCAAAUGGAAGUCCUAGGGAAGUCGAUGCUUUUUUGGAAUUUGUCAAGACUCGGUUCCCUUCAGUGAGGAAUAUUCAAAUUCCUUGCACAUCAAAUGAUACAAUGGAAAAAACAGCAUCUUCACUUGAGGCAAUGGAAGAGCGUAUGUACUCAUUGAUUCGAGGAGAAAUGCAUGAUACUUUAUCGUGUUCAGAUUUUGCAAAAAACAAUGAGAAAUUCUCAACAGCUGGAGGUGCUCCAACAAGUGGAGAUGCAGACUCUCUUUUUCUAGGAAAAUACAUCGCUGCUCUUUCAAAAGAGAUGCUGGAUAAUCCUUCGGCAUCAGAAAGUGCUCAUGCUCGUGGUGAUAAGGCACAGUUGGAAUCCACCGUUCCUCUCCCAGCAUAUGAUGGGUUCCGGCCCCCAGAUUGUGAUGGAAUAUAUGUUUCUUCCUGUGGACAUGCUGUGCAUCAGGGAUGUCUGGAUCGAUAUUUAUUAUCACUGAAGGAAAGAUUUUCUAGAAGAAUUGUAUUUGAAGGAGGGCAUAUUGUUGAUCCAGAUCAGGGGGAGUUCCUCUGCCCUGUGUGUCGUGGCUUUGCAAAUUGUGUGUUACCUGCAUUGCCUGGAGAUUCUAAAAGGGGUUGUAAGCUGCCAAUUUCAACUGUGGGUCCAUCUGAUGCUGCAGGCUCAUUAACUUCAUCAAACAGAAUUGUUGGUUCUCUGCAUCUUCAACAAGCCUUGUCUCUCUUGCAAUGUGCAGCUGAUGUAGCGGGAAGGAAAGAGAUUCUUAAAGCUCUUCCUAUGCAACGAAAUGGAAGGAUUAGGCCACAUUUAGAAUAUGUAUUUCGUAUACUUCACGGGAUGUAUUUCCCAGGCAAGGAUAAGAUUCCAGGAUCUGGUAGGCUGAACUGCUCGCUGAUUUUGUGGGACACACUCAAGUACUCACUCAUAUCAAUGGAAAUUGCUGCUCGCUCUGGAAGAAUUUCUUUGACUCCAUAUAAUGCCAUUGGUACCUUAUAUAAAGAACUCAACUCUUCUAGUGGGUUCAUAUUAUCCUUGUGGCUAAAAGUUGUCCAAAGCAUGCGAUCUAAAACCUCUCUUAGUCUCAUUUUAAGAUUAAGAAGCAUUCAGCUCUUUGUAGAGUCUAUAUGCUUUGGUGUUUCUCAAACAUGCAAAGCAAGAGGCAAUAUGCUAUGCAUCUUGGCUAACACUGAAGUGGAAGUACAAUAUCCUGACAUUCAAUUUUGGAGACGGGCUUCUGGACCUGUCCUUGCACAUGAUGCUUUUUCCUCAUUGAUGUGGAUACUAUUCUGUCUUCCAUGCCCAUUUUUGUCAUGCGAGGAAACUUUCAUAUCUCUUGUGCAUAUUUUCUACGUUGUUUCCAUUACUCAGGCUAUAAUAACAUAUUUCCAAAAGCAUCAAGGAAAUAUAACUGAAAUGGGAUAUCAUGAUUGCCUAAUAACUGACAUCUGGAGAAAUAUGGGAGAAUACAGAGUUGCUCAAAUGUAUUUCGAUUCCAACUAUAUCGAUCCUUCUGGUGAUAUCAAGGAUAUCAUACGUCAGCUUAGCCUUCCUUACUUGCGAAGAUGUGCAUUGCUGUGGAAAUUAAUAAAUUCUUCCACUUCAGCACCAUUUAGUGGUGGGUCUCAUGUGUCAGAUAUUUCAUCUCAUGCUACUCUUGAAAGGAUGGAGUUUGCUGUUGGCAUUCUGGAAGAGCUUGCUGAGGUUGAGGAACUGGAAAAGAUGUUUGAGAUUCCUCCACUUGAUAUUGUUCUCAAUGAUGAAUUACUACGUUCUUUAGUUGUCAAGUGGUUAAAUCAUUUUUCAAAAGAGUUUGAAGGUGGUAAACUUCAACGUGUAUUGCACUCCACGCCAGCGGUUCCAUUUAAGUUGAUGCUGUUGCCUCAUCUUUACCAGGACCUUUUGCAGAGGUAUAUAAAACAGCAUUGCUCUAACUGUGGUGUUGUCCUGGAGGAGCCCGCAUUAUGCCUGUUAUGUGGUAAACUUUGUUCUCCAAGCUGGAAGACAUGCUGCAGGGAAAGCAGUUGUCAAACUCAUGCUAUGGCUUGUGGUGCUGGUACUGGAGUAUUCCUGUUGAUUAGAAAAACCACAAUAUUGCUUCAAAGAUCUGCACGUCAGGCACCUUGGCCAUCCCCAUACUUGGAUGCAUUUGGUGAAGAGGAUAUUGAAAUGAAUCGGGGAAAGCCAUUGUAUUUGAAUGAGGAACGUUAUGCAUCUCUCAAUCAUAUGGUGGCUUCUCAUGGCCUUGAUCGAAGUUCUAAGGUGCUUCGCCAAACGACUAUUGGUUCUUUUUUCAUGCUUUAGCUUGAUGUUAUGUUAAAAAGCAUUGUACUGCAGGUAACAAAAGACAUUUUGUUAAGAUUUUGAUAUCAAAGUGAUAGUAAACUGAUCUCCAAAUGCCAAGAUUGUGUAAUUGUCUACAUUUCAAAAUUUUGGUUCUGCACAAAGGAUGCUGGUUGUUGUUGCCUUCUGUUGGUGUCUAAUGUACAGUUCAUACAGAUAAUCGGGAUUUGAUCUCCAGCAAGUGGUGGAUUUGUUGAAGGUCAACUAGAUCCUCCUCGCCAGAGCCUCCAGAAUGUACAGCAUUUUUUUUUUUUUUGGGUGCAUAAAGAGGCCUGACGUUUCUCAUAAUCCAUCCAUUACAGUAGGUUGCAAAAUGUGAAUAUUUUUCUAUUUAUGUCAGUAUUUGUGGCUCUUUUUUUUAAAGCAUAUAAACAUUUUGAAUCAUUUUCAACAUUUUUG